GUUAAUAUAUCGGUGUCUGGGAUUGCAUUUUUCUCUUUCCCUUUCGACUCAUCUCUCAAAUUUCCAAGAUAUGGCUCCGCUGGCUUUGGACAGGAUUCCAAUAGAACUGAUCGAGAUUGUUGUUGAGUUUCUUGGAUCCCAAGACCUCUGUGCUCUUCGUUUAACUGCGCGCAGCAUUUCAGGCAAAUCAUCCAAUGGUCGAUUUCGUGAGAAUUUCAAAUCCAAGACACUACACAUUGCCAAAGCCCCCUUGGAAGAUUUUGCUCGCGUCACCCAACCAGGUCAGCAACUUACUCUACAACACUAUGCGGUGCCAAAUCCCGGAGAUUCCGACGGGUGUUUUGGCCUGCUAGUGCAAGGAAUGGAGAACCUACGCAUUAACACUUCACAUGGUUGCUUGGUGUCCCUGUCUCUUUCCCUCCGCGGAAUAAAGGAUUCAGAAUAUGAGGGAUAUGAUGCCGCUGCAAAACUAUUUAAACGUUCUAUGCUAGCACUCAGCAACAGCAAAUUGCCCGUGCAGAUGUUGGAUAUCUUCGCCAAAGAUUACCCCCGCGGCUGUGCGUUGGCUUGCGGUGAAAUAAUGGCAGUUGUGGAGAAGACGGAUCUAUCGUCCUCAUUCAGAAGGUGUAAAAAUUAUGUCUAAGCUUGUCACAUUGUCUACUCGAUAUUGAUAAGGAGUGGCGGUCUCCGCUUUCUUUCACUGAAGCCCGAGAACACGCCUGA